UAGGAAGGCUUCCGGCAGACGCGCGCAAUUUGAUCCAGGAAGUACGUGUUUAAUUUUUCAGCUCGUCUUCGUGUUUGAAAGAAAUAGUUCAAAAAUCCACAAACCUCCUAUUUGUUUGGAUACCAAGGACCAUAAUUAAUUGGAAAAUGUCCGGUAGUACCGAGACAGCAAAGAUAUCGUCGCUUGGGAAGGGCGACAGUUUGCAUCAACAGGUCCUCGCCUCCUUCCCACUGUGUCACAUGACUGAAGAAGAUCUGAUCCAGAACCCGCAGUUUUGUAAACUCCUGGCCACUCUGGCACAGCAUGUGGAUCAAACCGGACUCACCGCUCCGCUGAAAACAGAGCUGGACAAGGCUGAAAAGAAGCUGCAGAUUCAAAAACUUCAAUGGCUGCGCUCUGAGAGCCUGCACAGAGGACUGCAGGAGAUGAUCCAGAACCACUGUGUCAGGAAGCACCAUGCCACUGUACCCCCUGACCAGAACAUGUUCUAUGAGACGAUGGAGAGGUGUCUACUGGUGGCUCAGUGUGUCAGGCAGUUGGAUCCCAGUAACACAACAAACCAGGACCAGCCGUCGGUCCUGGGCCUGACCCCCCAGCUCGUGAUGGAGCUCAUGCCUUCCGAGAAGAAUGUACAAAGAAUGAAACAGGGUCUACCAAGACAGCUGGAGAAACAUCUCAAAGAAAAGUGUCUGAGUCUUCUCUCUUACUAUCAGCCUGAAUGGGAGAAUGAGAGCGAGGGUCUAAAGAUGACCAAGCUGUCUCAUCUGUCAGCACAGAUGGACAAAGAGAAGAAAAGAGCAGAAAGUCUGAAGGAGACGUGCAGAGAAAACACAGUUCUUCUGCAGAGACAGACUGAGCUCUACCUCACUGAGCUGACAAAGUGCAUUCAGCUUCUCCAGUCUUUCAUCUUGAACCACAGACUAAAGAUCCAGACAGAUCUGGACAGGAAGAAAUUGGAUUACUUUGAAGGCAAAUGUGAAUUAAUCUUGCAGAAGAUAAAGGCGGAGAUGGUGGAAAUCCAGCUGGAUACAUACACACCUGAUUCGAUAUCUGCUCACAGAAAAAUAAGGGAGAAGCUGGAGUCUGAGCUGAAGGCGUGUAAAGCGGAAAAGCAGUCUGUCGAGUUAAAGCUGGCCUCCUUCGAGAUCUUGGGAAAAGACUUUGAGGCGCUGGCCGAGGAGUACUGCAGAUUACGGCAGGAGAUAGAGAUGAAGAACUGGGCACUGAAGGAAUUCACCCAGUAUAAUGACUAAGUGAAGGCCGUAUCUGAUGCUGACACACGCCAGCCUUGCCCUCAUCCUGCUCUGGAAUUCCACAGAACGACAUGCUGGCUUUUAAUUGUUGGACACAAACUGUGGGCCUUUAGCCUGCAGUAACUUUGUAGCAUGUCCAUAUUAUUUCAGAUAACUGAGGGCUCCUGAAAGUGCCACUGAAGUGGUUCAGGCUUUUUAGUUUAAACCUGCUUUGUUCAUUUCCAGCCCCACGCUUUUAUCCUCAGACUAGGGCAGCAUUGCAUGAUUCACAGUUCAAGACAGAAACAGUCUGAUUCUUCUUCCCUCUACCAGAGCUGCAACGUCCUUUGACAUCAUUGAGCUGAGUCCAUUGAUUCAGAAGGACGCCUGUAUCUGGAUUAAUUAUUGAUACUUUGCUGAGAUCAUCAUGAUGAGGGCAUGAAUAUGAAUUUGUGACAAUAAGAUGCAAAAUUGCAUUUUUUAAAUCGCCCUGCAGUCAUAAAGAAUCCUUCCAAAAAUUCUGGAUCUGCAUUAAGUUGACUCCGAAACCUUUGCUGGACAAAAUGUUUGCAUGACCUCCACAUGUUUAUGAGUAAUGCAGAGAUUAAUAAAGCUUCAUUUCUAUUCAUUUGAAUAAGAUGCACUGCUACAAUAAACUUAUAAUAUCUUUCAUGUGGCUAUUUUAACAUUUUGAAUUGCUUUCUAAUAUUGACAUUAUUGUUAUUAUUAUUAUUAGUGGAAAUUCAUACAUCUAUAUGGACACUGAAAAGUAUGUCUGCGUGUCAGUUGUAGAUGGCAGAGGCAUGAGUGAAGCAUCUAUUCAGUGCCUCGGUCCAACGUUGUCUGAAGAUAAAAGUCUUCCUUUAACAGUUUAUGUAACUAUGUAAUAUAAAUUUUCAAUUCAGUUAUUAAACUUACUAACAGCC